AUGGUGAAGAUGGCGGCGGUGCCGGUGAUGAGCGGCCGGAUCGGAUCAGGGAGCAACAGCAGCAGUCCGACCUCCGUCCCCAACACCACCAUCAACACCAGCACCAGUACCAGCACCAGCACCAGGCUGAUGUUCUGCCCAGAACUGGACUUCAGAUCCGGUACCAGGAUGGACGAGCUGAACCGACUCAUCACCGAAUUCAGCAAACACGAUCAGCGCGAAUACGACGAUCAACGAGCGCUGGAGAUCCACACAGCCAAGGACUUCAUCUUCUCCAUGCUCGGUAUGGUACAAAAGCUUGACCAGAAGUUGCCGGUCGCCAACGAGUACCUGCUGCUGUCCGGUGGCGUUCGGGACGGCGUCGUGGAUAUGGACCUCGACGAGUUGGGCGCGUAUAACCGAGGGUCGGACUACGACAUGGCCUUCACGCUGCUGGUCCCUGCCCUGAAGCUGCACGACCGUAACCAGCCGGUCACCCUGGACAUGCGCCAGUCGGCGCUGGGUCACUCCUGGCUGAGCCUGCGACUGUUCGACGAGGGUACGAUCUCGCGCUGGAGGGACUGCUGCACCGUGGCCGAUCACAUCAACGGAACCACCAACUACUUCUUUUCGCCCACCCUGGUGGCCGACUGGUUCCAGGAGGCGGUGGCGCUGGUCCUGGCCGAGGUGCAGCGCAAGCCGCAGAGGGGGAUGCCCAGGGUGGAGCGGGUGGAACGCCACGGUACGCUCCUCUCCAUGAUCCUGGGGGUCGGAAGCAGUCGGAUGCUCUACGAUAUCGUGCCGGUGGUGUCGUUCAAGGGUUGGCCGGCGGUCGCCCAGAGCUGGCUGAUGGAGAACCAUUUCUGGGACGGGAAGAUCACGGAGGAGGAGGUGAUUAGCGGGUUCUACCUGCUGCCCGCUUGCUCGGCGUCCGGUCGGAGGGAGAACGAGUGGCGCCUGUCGUUUGCCCGGAGCGAGGUUCAGUUGAAGAAAUGCAUCUCGCCGGGUCUCAUGCAGGCGUACCAGGCGUGCAAGGCCAUCAUCGUCAAGCUGCUCGCCCAGCCCACGCCCGUCGGCCCGUACCACCUGCGCAGCAUCAUGCUCUGGGCCUGCGACCGCCUCCCUGCGAACUACCUGGCACAGGAUGACUUUGCCGCCCACUUCCUGCUGGGUCUCAUCGAUGACCUGCAGCACUGCCUGGUCAACAAGAGCUGCCCCAACUACUUCAUCCCGCAGUGCAACAUGAUGGAGCAGCUGAGCGACGACACCGCCGUGUUUCACGCCCGCAAGCUGGCUCUGGUGCGCUCCGAUCCGGCCGAGCACAUCCGCGCCGGCAUCGAGCAGGCCAAGGCCGCCAACCGCCUGACCCAGGAGAUGCAGAGGCGCGGGAGUUCCCCGGGUCUGCCGUCGCCGCAGUCCGAAUCCUCCUCCGCGGAUCAGCAGCCCGAUGACAGACUGGCCAAAAAGCUCCAGCAGCUCGUUACGGAGAACCCCGGUAAAUCCAUCUCGGUGUUCAUCAACCCGGACGACGUGUCCAGGCCGCAUUUUCGCAUAGACGACAAAUUUUUCUAAGAACUGACGACCUGAACUCGUUUUCCCAAGAUGCCCUCAGAACAGAGCCUUAAAUAAAACAAGGUCUUGCACCGGAGCAGAGGCGCUACACUCGCUUCUAAGGUCCUGGUUUUGGGAGCUGGAGGACGUUUCGGGACUGAAAUGAGGUUUAAAAAGAUGGAGAUCCUUACGGGAAGCCUUAUGGGAACAGAGGUCUACUCAGAAGUCUAAUCAGCAUCGAGUCGGUCUGCUUUCCGAUGCAUCCUAGUCGGACAGUCCUUCAUUAGCUUUCGAUCACAUUUGGUCUUUCGUUUGUCUCUAACACCAUCACGUUACAAUCAGAC